GCUUUUUGUGUGUCUGCAUCUGCGUUUUUUCUCCAUACGGACGAGGUCUGUGUCUCACAGUAAAGCUAUGACUCAUGACUCUGUAGGCACUUGUGUGUGAUGUGAAUCACUGCCAAUAAUGUUUCACUUUCUGCCUCAAUGACUGCCACCCGUUAAGCCUGGUGAACUUUGACCUUUUGUGCGAUUGGUUGAUAACCGCCACAGUGGGACAGGAACUAUCUCUCAUGAUCUUUUAUACUCCUCCUCUUUGUUUUCUCUUGGCAUUUUUUUACUGAUGAACUGAAGAAUAACACAGACUGUGCAGAAGUGUCUGGAUUUUAUGAUGAGCUCUUGCAGCAGCAGGGCUCUGACUCUGCUCUCCACAGUGUUUGGGGCGUGUGGACUGCUGUUGGUGGGGGUUGCCGUGGCGACGGAUUAUUGGCUACUGAUGGAGGAGGGAAUCGUACUGCAGCAGAACCAAACUGUCGAUGUCAAGAUGGCAUUGCAUUCUGGCCUCUGGAGAGUGUGCUUCAUAGCAGGUACAGAGAAAGGUAGAUGUGUCGCCUCUGAGUAUUUCACAGAGCCAGAGAUUGAAAUCACCACAGAAAACACUGCAAAUAUCCUCAAGAUGGUGCGGACAGCUACGCCCUUCCCUAUGGUGUCUCUGCUCUUCGUUUUCAUGGCCUUCAUCAUCAGUAACGUGGGCCACAUUCGUCCACAGCGCACCAUCCUGGCCUUCAUUUCUGGAAUCUUCUUCAUCCUCUCAGGGUUGAGUCUAGUAGUGGGGUUGGUGCUGUAUAUCUCCAGUAUCAAUGAUGAAGUAAUGAACAGGCCACGGGAGCCAGAGCAGUUCUUCAACUACCGCUAUGGCUGGUCCUUUGCAUUUGCUGCCAGCUCAUUCCUGCUCAAAGAGGGUGCCGGUGUGAUGUCAGUGUAUCUCUUUAUGAAGCGCUAUGCAGAAGAGGAGAUGUAUCGGCCUCACCCGGCUCUCUAUCGCCCCCGCCUUUCCGAGGGCAGUGACUACAGUGGCCAGUACCUGCACCCAGAGACCUGGCCUCCCCCCCAACGCGCACGGAGCGCCUCUGAGAUCUCUAGCGACAUCUCCAUCCAGCUCACUCAAAACCCUCAGCACCCGCCGAAGACCAGCGGCCAGCAGGGCACAUCAUCUCCGGGAAUCACCGCAGCUUCCAGCCCCACCUCUGGAGCUGGAUACCAGCUGCCAUCGUCAGGUUCUGGAGCUCAAUUUCCCCACAACCAUCCCCUCCACCCUGGGGCGCACGGGCCAGCUGCAGCAUCCCAGACCCUGCCCAUGUCCGCAUCACCCGCUGCAGUGCCACCCCCACACUAUCACACACAUAUGCGCAUGAGCGCCUCUCCAUGCUAAUCGCAGAAGGAAGAGAAAGUUUAUAGAGUAUUUGUUUUUAAAUGAGAUAAUGCAUAAACGAGAAACAGAAAAUAUUAUACAAGGCAAGAUAUAGUUUUUUAUAUGACGUUAAAAAAACUGUUUGUAGCAAAAGGCCUCUUUUUAAGACUGAAUGUUGUUGUUGUGAAAUUGUAGCAUAUUAAACUGCACUGGAUCGAAUGGGGUUCAUGCAGAACACUUGACAAUCGCACACACCAGAACUGACAAUUCAUUUACUUAGACAUACACAGUAGUGCACAUAAGAGAGCUGUAACUAUUGCCUUUAAUUCUGGAGAUUAUAUAAAACCGAACUUAAGUUAUUUCUCAUCAUGAAACUGUGAAUUGUUUGUUUUAUUGUUAACAUUAUCAUCAAAUGCUAGAGUGGGAAUUACUUGCGAACAAAUUUAAAAUGUUGAACAUAUUGUUUGGAUUUGAGAUAAGAGUGAUUCAUAAGCCUGAGUUCAGAUAUAUUGCGUAUUUCUUGUGUAAAUAUUGUGUACUGUUGUUUUGGCUGUGAUUUGGUUCACUGCCUUUCUGCAGAAUGUUGACAAAUUUGGUGGGGAAAAACUAAAUUAAAAUGCUUUAAACGCU